AUGUUAGCUUUAAAUUGCUACACUAUCUCUGACGAAUAUUUUAUUGAAGGCGAUGAAGUAGUUGCAAAAGAUUUGAUUCGUGAUGAUGUUGAAACAAAUUUAACAGCGACAAACAAUACUAAACGUAGAUCUGCAGUACCUGUCCUCAAGAAGGAAAAACAUCGCACUAUUUCCGAAGAGUAUUAUGAAUACGAUGAUGUUAAGUUUUACGUGCUAUCUAAGAAGUUUGUUACUGAACCACUAUUUCUAAAACAUACUAAAUUGGACAAGAAUGUUAUGACGAGUUCCAGACCCACUGCCAGCAAUGCAUUAACUACUACAAAUCAUUCAACAACGACCACACCAUCUACACCAUAUAAUAUAUUUAAAGAUUACGAAUAUGUCAACGAAGAUAUAAACUCGGACACACGACAGGAGGUAGAAGUACAGGAAAAUACUACUACUCCCUUAAUCACAGUACCUCUUGCGUAUCCCAAAGUAAACAAAACAGCUACAGAGUCAUCUUUGCAAUACAUAGACUUUUUUAAUCUUAGCCCAGCUGCACAAGACAUGUCUCUCAAGAAUGUUGCUAUUGACCGUAGUAAAAUUACUGCUAAUACUUGGUACGUGCCCGAACGUUAUCCCUGUUGGGAUCUUUCAGUUGUGUAUGGAGAAUUUUCAAGGAAACCAUUUACAGAUGUUUUCGCGAUUCAUAAAACUACACUUAAGAAUGUUAUUGAUUUGGGAAAACAUAGAAAAAAGCAACGUUUUAAACAUAUUGAUGUCACGGUAGAAGUAGUCAAUAAAUGGUGUUCUGUAUCGCCUUGUUUCGGAGAUCAUACUCUCUGUUUAUUUAAAGAUAAUUCUGUCGCAAAAAUAUGUGGGAAGAAUUAUGUAAUCUAUACACCAACUAUGGCACAGCAAAUGGCAUUAGUGAAUACUAUAAAUUCAAUGCGUAAUCGUAUAGCUAGUGGUGAAUCGGAAGAAUAUAAGAACCUUCCUCCUGCUGCCAAUAUGAAACAAAUGAUUUAUGACUAUGAUUUGGAGAAAAUGUCGAGUGUAUGGCUUCAUCAGUGUCUACCUGGACAAGCUCCAUGCUCCGCUCUCGACGGCAGUUUCGUAUCACCUUUAGAAUGCACAAAAUAUGCCGACCAAUGUUGUAAUAAUUCAGGACAAUCUUCAGAUUGUGUGCCACGACAUGAAUGUUUCCUUCCGGCCAUAAUUGGGUGUAUCUAUACGUGGUUUUUGACUGCUUUAAAAAAGAUAAGUAAGACAGAUGUUACAUGCGGACAUAUUCAGGCUACGACAUUCCCCACAGUUCAACUAUUAUGGGCCAAUACGUACAAAAUUGGCUGUGCUUAUGGCAAAAAAAGCAAUGGAGAUGUAAGAGUUGUAUGCAAUUUCGCACCAGGUGCUCCGUUUUCACUAGGAUGUUUAUAUCAUUGUGGAUUUAUUGACCACAAAGACGUUACGGCCAAAAUGUCAUCUAAUACGACCGCCGAUUUUACAAAUGCCGAGUUUUUAUCGCAACUUGGCAUAACUUUGAACAAAAUAUUGUUUACCAAUAGAAGCAAAUAUCCCCUUGUUCAGAAUAUCACAUACAAAGCAAAAGCUCUUAAUGAAAACCAACUAGAUGCUAUAUUUAAACAAAAUCAGUUUAGAGAGAAAAAAAAAGUGGUUGCGAACCGAACUAAAGGUAUGCUCGCGAGGCUUGUUACAAAGUAUGUAUUCUCAGCGGAUGGUGGCACUAAAUGUGACAGCGAUGAUCCUAUAUACAUUGCCGGCGCGCCGGGCUCUAGGUGUAUAGAGAAAGGCAGAAGAUUUAAUUCUCUGUGCUAUGACUUCAGAGAUCCGACGCCAGGCUACCGACUUGUUGCUGUCGUGGCGCCCAUGGCUUUAUUUUCUGUCAUAUUGUACGACUUGUUUAGUGGAGUGGUAAGACAAUCGAAAUAUUAACUAUUUUUCUCCUACAAUGAUUAAAUUUGUUACAUUUUUCCGCUGCAAGUCGACAUUACUCUUUUUAAUUCUUUAAUUUGUUUUGCUCGGCAAAGCACG